AUGAUGAUUUUAGCAACCAGAGACAAGAUUUUGAUAUUUUUUUUACUUCCACCUGACACCGCCAAUGAUUACCAAACUGACGAGGACUCGGGUGAAGAAGAUAACGUCAGCAUAAAUAAUUUGCCUGGAAGUUUGCUUCGAGCUCCAGCGGAGCUUGCUGCCUCAACCUCAAUGGAAAAACCAGAAACUGAGGACCAAACCCCUCCCGAAUUUCAAGAACCUUUAAAAAAACGUGUCAUGAAUUACAAUUGGCGAAAACGAGACUUGCAGCUAAGACCUAUUGUUUGGAAACCCCUUUAUCAUACUCCUAUUGAAAGAAGCCCGAUAGAAUGGUUUUCUUUAUUAUUUUCAGAAGAAGUAUUUGAGAUGCUUACUAUUGAAACCAAUAGAUACUUAGCACGUAAGCUUCUCUCUGCUGACGUCAAGAUUGAAGAGAUGAAAUGUUUGGUAGGGAUUUUGUUAGUCAGUGGCUACUGCCAAGUGAGCAGAAGAAGAAUGUACUGGGAAAAUGCAUCUGACUCAAGAAAUAGUUUGAUUGCUUCAGCCUUGUCUCGAGAUAGAUUUACACUAAUUUACUCUAAUAUUCAUGUUGCUGAUAAUCUAAAUUUAGAUACAUCCGAUAAAUUUGCAAAAGUUCGUCCUUUAUUAAAAGUUUUAACUAUGAGAGAAAAUAGAUCUGGAAAGUGCCCUCUAUUAAGUAACAAAGAAGCAAAGACAAAAGAAAGAGGCUUUUAUGAUUAUCGCAUAUCUGAUGAUAUUAUAAUUUGCAAGUGGCAUGACAAUAGUAUAGUGUCAGUAUGCUCUAAUGCAGUUGGUGUUGAUCCUGUCCACAAAUCUGAACGCUAUUCUCAGCAACUAAAAAAGAAAAUAUCUGUUUCUCAACCUCAUCUCAUUCAACAAUACAAUAAAAAUAUGGGUGGAGUAGAUUUAUCAGAUCAGAAUAUAUCGUCAUUGCGAACUAGCAUUCGAGGAAAAAAGUGGUAUAUGCCUCUGAUUCUCCAUUGUAUAGACAUGUCUGUACAAAAUGCAUGGCUGCUGUACAGACAUAAUGGAGGGAAUAUCGACUUGCUAAACUUUCGACGUCGUAUUGCAAACUAUAUUAUCGAUUGUAAUAAACAACGCGAAAGGCCAGGUCCUAGUCGACCAUCUUCAAUAACAUCAGACUCUCGAUACGACGGCAAAGAACACUAUGUCAGCAAGCAGGAAAAGAGGACCAGGUACACAAUAAUGCGGCGUUUAUUAAGCAUCACACUUGUCACCAUCGCUUUUGAUUAUGUGUCUUCACAAGAGAACAGAGAACACCAAGGGCUUCUAACAUGCGGUGGACAUCUAAGGGGGCACGUGGGAACAAUACAGACCCCAAAUUUUCCAAACCCGUUUCCAGUUCCCAUAAAAUGUCGAUGGGUCAUUGAGCAUGAUAUAGUUAAUGGUACUAUAUCGAUAUAUUUCACACAGCAGUAUACCACGAGUGGGUUAACGUUCACUGAGUACAUGUAUUACGAUGAAUCGUACAAAUUAGGCGAGAGAAGAGCCUUGACGGUUACAGAGGAAAAUAUAACAAGGAUUAAGUGGUUACAGGUCCAAAGUCCGGUCUUAGUCGUAGAAUUAAAUUUAGAUAGAUUAGAGGGAACCCAGCUAAGAGCACUAGAUCUGCUGUCAGUAUUCGGAUUUAACGUUACGUACGUUGUUCAAAAACCUCAAGACCCACCGGGGCCACCAUCAUGCAGCGCGAUUGAGUGUCGAUUAUUAGGACACUGCUAUGCUAGACACGAUUACAAGAAAUUUUUCUGUUCGUGUUUCGAGGGAUAUACUGGAGUUGAUUGCGGAGUUGGUCCAUUAUGUCCAAGAACAUCUAACAUGUGCAAAAAUGGUGGUACUUGCAGACAGAUGGGUCCAGCGGCAGUUAGUUGUAUUUGCUCACCGGGCUACACGGGUGACCUUUGUGAGUCACAAAUAGCUGCUCCAGAAUGUGGGAUCGAGGAAUGUUUUGAAGGUUGUAAAAAAACAACUGGAUGUGACUGUAGCCCCAAAGAAAGCGACUUUACUUCAGCGCGUUUCGAAACUAGACUACAGAUUAUAGAUCAAGGAAGUAAUAACAUUACACAAGAAAUUGAAAGACAGAUAUUUAAUUAUCUCAGAGCAUCUAAUAUUACAUUAGAAGAUGAAAUUGAAAUUUUAAAUAUGAGCUCUCCGGAGAUAAAUGGCGCUCGAACAGUUUGGUUGCGAGUAUGGAGCACGCGUCGAGAAGCAGGCACUUUGAGAGCGGCUUUUUCUCGUCUAGCUGCAACGCGGACUCUCACUGACCAGCUAAGAGUCUUACCAGCAACAUUACAUUUUGAUAUGCAGCCGGCUCUCAGUUUACAUGCUUUAAUAGUCAACCAAAGACCGGAGGUGUGGGAGGGAUCUGAGUUUAUUUUCAGCUGUAUGGCGUAUGGAUCACCGGAUAUUGAAUUUACUUGGUAUAAAGAUGGAGUUAACAUUAACUUUAAUGGAACUACCAGGGAUAUUUGGACCCGCACAGUAGCUGAAGAUGCUUUGGGGAGGCGUAUGUCAGUGUUAGGAGUAUCUGAAGCUAGAACACUAGAUAGUGGAAGAUGGUCUUGUUCUGCUUAUGACGCAGGCAGACGACGCUGCAGAGCACUAAGACUUGUAGUACUUCGUCCACCUGAUAUUCGUCUUAUGCCCUCUGCCUUGACCGUUAAUAAGGGUGAUAACGUAAGCAUCACAUGUUUAGCUGGUGCUAGUCGAGCUCACGGAGCACUUGGUUUUAGUUGGGCGAGGGAGAAAACACUGUUGAAACUUGCUCCUGGACGAGAAGUUUGGGAAGACCUUUAUCCCGCCGGUAGUGUGCUUAAACUAUAUAACGUUCAAAAAUCUGGCGAAUUCCGUUGCCAAGUUUCAUCGAUCGUGGGAACGAAUGCAAAAGGAGUUACCAUGUGGGUUCUGGGAGGGAACGAUGAAGCUUGUGAAGCUGAAGCGUCCCAUGGACUUCGUUGGCCGAAAACUGCACCCGGUGCUCACGCUUCUGCAUCUUGUCCACCCGGUCAUACUGGAGAAACUACACGCUUUUGCGAACCAAAAACUACUCAACAUGGAGUAAAAUGGAUGUUGCCGGAUUUUUCAGGUUGCAUUGCUGAUUCUUUACGAGAUAUUUACGAUCAGUUUACGCGUAUAUCUUAUGGUUACUCAUGGUCAAACGUAGCGGACAUUGCGCAUCAAUACGGUGCUUUAUUACGUUCUCUCCCCGCCCUUCCUGGAGCGGGAGUAAUUCCACUUCGUCAUUCUCGCAGCAUGGUUGAGUAUCUUCUAUCAGCAGCUGGAAAUUUAAGAGAUCGAUUUAAAAGUAUCGAACAUUUGCUAAGUAUUUAUGAUACGCUUUUGAGGCAUCCGGAUUCAUUUCUCGACGAAGAGAAAAUAUACGAGCUCCAAAAUGCAGUUGUCGAAACGGCUGGUAUGAAAGAAUAUGUGAACAUAUUAAACCGAGAACUUACAGUUAAAACUCAACCGAUAAAAGAAGACAAUGCUGCGCAUUUUAACUUUUCACCCUCCGUCGGCACUUACGAUUGGGUACUUACAUCUGCUGGAGUGGAAUUAAUAGGAAGAAUUGGAAAUGCUUCAGUCAUUGUGAUUCAAUAUCGCAACUUAACGCCAAGACUACCUUCUCUGAGAAAAUCAUUUGAGCAUAGCCGUCCAUUUUCCCCAAACGGACGUGAGCUGGAAUAUAUGCCGACGUCACAACAAAUUCAAGUGUCAGCUCACGCCAAUGGUUUAGAUUUAUCACUGCAACACUCAGUGACUCUGCUUUUUACACAUUAUAAGAACUAUAGCACUGUAGAAUCUAGGUUAGCUUGUGGUUUACGCACAACUUCAGAACCUCAUAUUUGGAAUAUAAAAGCAUGCGACGUGCGUAUUGCAGAAUCAACUUAUGUCUCUUGUCGAUGUCGUGGACUCGGCACUUUUGCACUGUUUACAAUAGCGCAACCUAAGCUCACUGAUGUUGAUAGGGAUCUACGAGGGGUGGUGAAAAUUACUGUUGGUUUAGGCGGAGCGAUGUGUCUUACGGCUGCGGUUUUACAGCUUUUGGCUCUAGUUCCAGCCAAAAAGCCUCGGCUGCCCGUCCUAUUAAAAGCUGCAACAGCAGGCACACAUUCCGCUGCAAUAUUAAUGCUGUUGGAAUGUGAUAGUAGACAGGAGGAGGCAUGUCCAGGAGCGCUUGGUUGGUUUUGCGCAGCAUGUUGGUGCGCAGGGUGGGCCGCGCUAUGUGCGCAACCGUUAAUGCUUCAAGCUGAGUUAGCUGGAAGGGGUCAACGAGCGCCAUCAGUUGGCUUAGUGGCAGGAGUAUGCACACUUGCUUGGCUGACUGCUCGUCUUUGUGGAGGUGCUCCAUUACAAUUGGGAUCAGCUUCGCAAGUUGUGUGUGCAGCUGGAUGUGCACUUCUGGCUAUUUUGUGUAUUAUUUUGGCUUUGUGUGUAUCGUUUCGAUUAAGAACAAUAACACAUAAAAUGCCAGCAGAAAGGAGAACAUAUCUUAAUGAUCGGCGCCGUAUUAUUCGGCACACGCUUGUGUUGCUCUUCACAACAUCCGCAGCACAGACCACAGGAGUGAUGUAUGUUCAACCAGGCACACGGCACAUAGCACAGGUUGCCGCCUUUUCUGCAGCUGUUUUAGCUAAUGGCAUAGCUAUGCUGAUUUGCUACGUUAUACACGACGACGAGUGUUUACAAUCUGCAAAGAGAGUGCUUUCGUUGCCAUCUCAUCGUGAAUGGGAAGACUCACCAGCCGGUGACACUUCACUGAGCUUGUAUAUAAAACAAAACGGUGAAGUGGAAAGUCGGGGAGGUGUUGGUAUGUUGGAAUCAUCGUCUUCGCCAGUGUCUCCAGUUACGUCAUACUGGCGAGCACCAGGCCUUGAAAGUCCUACAGGAAUGCAUAGGAGGCAAUCAAUGCCCGAUAGCCGAGCUGAUAUAGUACGUUGUGUAGAAUUCAAAGAUUCUAUAGCAACCCCGCAUCGAUUUGAAACUCGACAUAUCACCAAAACCCAUGCAGCUUGCGAUCUGAUUCCACACUCAUCAAUCCAGACAGAAUACAUAGCAAGGGUUUGCUUGGAACUGGGAGUCGUCAACACUCCGCCUCCUAGAGAAUCUCCAGUGUCUGUCCUGACGUGUUCUGUGGAUUUUGAACCGUACUCGGAAAAACGAUUCGAUACGUCCAAAGAGUCUUGUUCAAUAUGCAUUCAGUCCAAUCCUAAUAUGUCUAGAAUACCAUCACCACCUAUUAAAAGCUGCUUAAAAAAGAAGGACAAAAAUCAGAAAUUUACUUCUAGCAUUUCACUGCCGUCCAUGGACGUGACGUGUGAGGAACCGAAAAUGAAAUCGGAUAUUGAUCAAGUCAAUAGAGAGUGGAAAAAAGCAUAUGAUUCUCCUGAAACAAAUAAAAUGUUAAGUAAAAUAUCAAACGAUUUAGAUUUUUUAUUAAAUAGGACCCAGGUAUUUAGCAAAAACAGUAUACAUAAUUACAUGGAAAAAGUCUCAACUUAA